AUGUUGGGCGCAGUGGGACCAACUGGGUACAUGGAAAACUCCAUUUCCUACAGUGCUAUUGAAGAUGUUCAACUGCUCUCCUGGGAGAAUGCCCCUAAGUACUGUUUACAGCUCACGAUCCCGGGGGGUACUGUCUUACUGCAGGCUGCAAACAGUUACCUGAGGGAUCAGUGGUUCCAUUCUUUGCAGUGGAAGAAGAAGAUUUACAAGUACAAGAAGGUGCUCAGUAACCCCAGCCGCUGGGAGGUGGUGCUGAAGGAGAUCCGGACGCUGGUGGACAUGGCGCUGACGUCCCCGCUGCAGGACGACUCCAUCCACCAAGCACCUCUGGAGAUUGUCUCCAAACUGCUCUCAGAGAACAACAACUUAACCACUCAAGACCAGGAGAGCAUUAUUGUGGCAAUUGCACCUUUGCUGGAAAACAACCAUCCUCCUCCUGACCUCUGUGAAUUCUUCUGCAAGCACUGCCGAGAGCGCCCGCGGUCCAUGGUCGUGAUCGAAGUGUUCACACCAGUGGUACAGAGGAUUCUCAAACACAACAUGGAUUUUGGGAAGUGCCCUCGGUUGCGGCUGUUUACUCAGGAGUAUAUUCUGUCUUUGAACGAGCUGAAUGCUGGAAUGGAGGUGGUGAAGAAGUUUAUUCACAGCAUGCAUGGUCCAACGGGACAAUGCCCACAUCCCAGAGUCCUGCCAAAUCUUGUAGCUGUCUGCUUAGCAGCCAUUUAUUCGUGUUAUGAGGAAUUUAUCAACAGUCGGGACAAUUCACCAAGCCUGAAGGAAAUUCGGAAUGGCUGCCAGCAGCAGUGCGACCGAAAGCCUAAUCUCCCCCUCCGCCUUCUGCACACAAGUCCUGACCUGGUCUCUCAGGAGGCCACCUUGACUGAAUCCCGUCUCAAACCAGUUAUUGUCACUGCAAACGAGAUCCACGUGGAAGUGGAGCGCAACAACACGGCGAACCAGAAGAUGACAGCCAGCGUGGGCAACGACAGCGAGCCCAACCUCAUCGACUGCCUGAUGGUCAGCCCCACCUGCAGCACCAUGAGCAUCGAGCUGAGUGCCCAGGCAGACAGGAUCCUGGGCUGCUAUGUUGAAAUACUCAAGAUGCUGUCAGACUAUGAUGACUGGAGACCAGCCCUGGCCAGCUUGCUUCAACCUAUCCCAUUUCCCAAGGAGGCUCUUGCACAUGAGAAAUUCACAAAAGAGCUGAAAUAUGUGAUUCAGAGAUUUGCAGAAGACCCGAGGCAAGAAGUCCACUCCUGUUUGCUGAGUGUGCGGGCUGGCAAAGAUGGCUGGUUCCAGCUCUACAGCCCUGGAGGGGUGGCCUGUGAUGAUGAUGGAGAGCUGUUUGCCAGUAUGGUUCAUAUUUUAAUGGGAUCCUGCUAUAAAACAAAGAAGUUCCUGCUUUCACUGGCUGAAAAUAAAUUAGGACCUUGCAUGCUACUGGCUUUGAGGGGUAACCAGACGAUGGUAGAGAUUUUGUGUUUGAUGCUGGAAUACAACAUCAUUGAUAACAACGACACCCAGCUCCAGAUCAUCUCCACCCUGGAAAGCACAGACGUGGGAAAGAGAAUGUAUGAACAGCUGUGUGAGAGGCAGAGGGAGCUGAAGGAGCUGCAAAGAAAAGGUGGCCCCACAAGGUUAACACUGCCAUCCAAGUCCACGGAUGCAGACCUGGCCCGCUUGCUAAGCUCGGGAUCUUUUGGGAAUCUGGAAAACCUCAGCCUGGCCUUCACCAACGUGACGAGUGCUUGUGCUGAGCACCUCAUUAAACUGCCUUCGCUCAAGCAGCUGAACCUGUGGUCGACUCAGUUUGGAGACGCGGGGCUGCGGCUCCUGUCCGAGCACCUCACGAUGCUGCAGGUGCUCAACCUGUGCGAGACGCCGGUGACGGACGCGGGGCUGCUGGCGCUGAGCUCCAUGAAGAGCCUGUGUAGUUUAAAUAUGAACAGCACCAAACUUUCAGCAGAUACCUAUGAAGAUCUCAAGGCUAAACUACCCAACCUGAAAGAGGUGGACGUCCGCUACACCGAAGCGUGGUGAACUCUCCCUGCCUCCGACUCUUCUCUUUUGCUUCUCGUGAGAAGGAAAAGAUUUUUAAAACAAACAGAGAAAAAAAACAAACAAACACAAACCGGAAAAUAACUUUUGGCUAAUACCUGUAGAGCAGUGAGUCCGGGGACUUGGUGGCAGGAGUUGUGGUUGUGGGGUAGCGGAGUGGCGUUGUGUGUGUCGAGGGGAUGGGGCAAGCCUGGACCCCGUUGGAUUCUUUCAGCUUUGUGAUUUCAGAAUCAACGUAAUUUAAAUCGAAAAGGAAGCAAACAAACAAACAAAAAAAGGACUUUGUAGCAGCAAGAGGAUUAUAAAGAGGAAAAAAAAAAACACCUUUGUGGAUUUUAUUUGCCUUUGUGUUUUAUGCCGUGUGGA